UUCUUGCGUACCCCCACCUUUAUUUGGCAUCAUUCUGACCUCAGUCUUGAUCUCCAUCUCCAUCCCAUUUUAUCCCACCCACGCUCAUAUCAGCUACCCCUUUCACCCUGCGAACAACAUGUCGCCAAGCAGAGUCGACAUCAAGCCCCGCGUGGUCGUUCUCGGGACACCCAAGUUCAUCGGAGACGACUAUCUCGCCGAGUUCUCGAAGGAGUUUGACUAUGCCGUCCUCGACGCCGCCAACCGCAAGGAGACACAGGAGAAGCUUCCAGCCAUGAUAGCGGAACAUGGUCCCAUCGACGCCUUCAUCGUCCGCAUGGGCACCCCGCCCUACGAGCCCUUCGACGCCGACCUUCUGAGCUCGCUCGUGCCGGGCUGCCGCAUCAUCGCCUCUGCGUCGGCCGGGUUCAACGAGUUCGACGUCGAGUGGAUGACGUCCCGGGGCAUCUGGUUCUGCAACACCGUCGACGCCGUCGCAGAGGCCACCGCCGACAUGGCGUGUUUCCUGACGCUGGCAGUGGUGCGGGACACGUACCGAGCCGAGAGGGGGGCGCGCGGCGGCUCGUGGAAGGCCGGCGUGGCACCCAGCCGGGACCCGUCGGGCAUGACGCUGGGGAUAGUCGGCAUGGGCAGCAUCGGCAAGUAUCUGGCGCGCAAGGCGGCGGCGUUCAACAUGCGCAUCAAGUACCACAACCGGCGGCGACUGCCCCCCGCAGAGGAGGCGCGGCUCGGCGCAGAGUACUGCGCGUCAUUGCACGAGCUGCUCGGCGCGUCCGACGUCGUGUCGCUCAACUGCCCGCUGAAUGAUCAGACAACCGGCCUCAUGUCGACGGCCGAGUUUGCCGCCAUGAGGGAGGGCGCCUUCCUCGUCAACACGGCGCGCGGAGCCGUCGUCGAUGAGGCGGCGCUGAUCGAGGCGCUCGAGAGCGGGAAGGUCGCGAGGGCGGGGCUCGACGUGUUCUGCAACGAGCCCGACAUCAACGAGUACUUCAAGAUGAGCGACAAGGUUAUCUGCCAACCCCAUAUGGGUGGCCUCACGGAGUCGGCGUUCAGGAAGGCGGAGAGGGAGUGUUUUGAGAACGUCAGGGCGCUGUUCAAGACGGGACGGCCUGUGGCCCCCGUGAACGAGGUUGCGAAGGUGGCUGUGAAGGAGACGUCCGGGUGAUGGGUUAAAAGGGGCAGGAUGCAAGGUGGGAAGGUGGGAGGUGGAGAGUCCAAGCUUGAGAGUAUAAUUUGAGCCUGUACUGUACAUACGUCAUGGAAUAGAUGUAAUUAUACUUGCAUUGAUGCC